UGGCUCCCCACCGAUUUGAGUAGAGGGAUCUAGCCUGUCGUCAACUGCAGUUGGGGGCCCAACUGACUUGACAGUCUCGAUCCGAUUCACAACCGCGAACCACCCGCGCUGCACUGGCAAGGCACCAUGCCCACGCUGCACUAUCCCCCUCGGAGGAACAUGUCCAGCUCCCGAUGUUCCCUUGAGGGCUCAGAGUUGCAGUGCGCUGCAGAACCUUGCCGUUCACCAAGCCAGUUGCCCUCUCCAGACGAGCCCAAGUCGUAUAGCCGCGACAUCUUGGUGUCUAGGCCGGCCGUGUCAGUCCGUCGACUCUUUCGGAAACUGCGGCUUCAACAAGCCUCCAAGACGAGGGAUUGCGGGGACAGCGAGAGCCCGUGGCAACUCAAUUGCCCGCGCUUUAGUCGCAGGCUGUGUCAAUAUCGAGUUCGCAUCUUGAUACUGUCCCGCAAAGAAAAGAGCACUUUAUUGCCGAAUCACUAUGACGAAAUUCAAUCAACGAUGCUCAACCUCGGACGCCAUCGCCCAACAUCUUCAACCGAGACUUUGCCCGUGAUUGGCAAUUGCCUGUGCAGCAACUGACAGACUGCUUGACUUGCUGUCGCGGUUAAAUUGACACAAGCCACCAAUAACCCCGGCUUACGUCUAAGGCGCGCCGUCCAUCAAGCCAGUCCAAGCGGCUGUGUCCU